GCCAGUAUUAUUUCAAGGUCAAUUAUGCGUUGAUCUUCCCAUGCCUGACAUCAGGUUAUGGCUCAUCCUACUGUCAGUUGCUUUGACAUUCUCCAAACGUGGGCGCUCCGCUACAGCUCGUAGAGAGGUACAGGUUGAUACCAACUUCUUAUUAAGAGGCUAUGUCGGUUGCCUAUUUCAAAACGUUUGCUUUUCUGGCGAGAUAUGCCUUAAAGACGGUCUAUUUGGAAGGUGCAUCGAUUAUCGAGCAAACCCAAUAAAGAAGGAAAGAUUGAGCUGGGAACAACUCCUAAAAUUAGGGAGUGUCCUAGUUUUGUUGAAGAAUAAUGUUCUCGACUGGGAGGAUGUUCGAGUUCAGUGUAUUGUCAGAACUGUAUUACACUAUGGGACAAAACUUCAUGAAGAUCCAGAGGAGAUGUGCGGCCUGCGAGUUCCAGACCACGACUUUACCAACCCACCCAAAUAUGCAAUCAUUAGAAAGCGGAACAGCGCGUACGGUGGAAAUAUGACUAACGCUUUCUUGUUUGACGAACCGGUUUUUAAAUUUAUCCAAGAAUCAGAUAGUUUACCAUUUUACCAACCGUUUUUCUCCAGCCACUACUCUCGAGCAGAUGCACUCAAACAAGAUGAAGAGAUACCAAGCAUCGGGCUUUCUACUAACAAUCAGGACGUGGUAAAAUUCGUGGGGUCAAAACGCAAUGGCAAUGCUUAUAUCAAAAAAUUAGACAGAAGUGAAGAUAGAUACGAACGCCAGUUAUCCUUUGGACGGAGAGGAUUUUCAAUAGCGUUCGACCCUAUAUCCUUAAGAAAAUUUGACAGAACUCAAAGAAAGACGGGAUCGGCCCUUCCAUUCUUGCGAGAGGAAGUGAGCUACUCAGAUGGACUGCCCAAAAGGCGAUAUCUACUUAAUCUCCCGUACGACCUGAAGCCACCUACCCCUCCUACGCGCAGUUGGGUGUGGACAAAGUUUUUGCGUCGAUCGUUGGAUGCCUAUGAAGCGGAACAGUUUCUCCGGGAACUGUCCAAUCGUCUGGAUCUAACUUCGCCAAUUUCCAACUACUUCUUGGACCGGACGGGAAACGUACUGUACUUUCAGGUACCGGAGGCGACGGGCGUGAGCGCCGAGUCAGUGCUUCUCGCGUUGAAGCAAGGAAAGGGAAAUUUCGAUGGAUAUGAAACGGAAGACGUUGGCUUCGGUCGAGGAGCCCCAGUGUAUCGAGCUGCAGGUCACACAGAGGCGCCAAAGAGGCUUCAAAUGUCCCUGGUCGUCUGUCUCGCUAUCGUUGGUUUCGUAUUCAUUCUCAGUGUAAUUUACGCGAUCCACGUUGGUUGUAAUCGGUUUCGAUUACACGAGGCGGAAAACGAUGCACAACGAAGGACAUUGCUUUCUUCUGAACAAUUGAAUAGCUCAUGGAGAACAGAGAAACUCAAGCACACUGGAAACAAUUUAUUGGAAAAGAUCAAGCCCUUUGUUCGACUGAAGACAGACAACAGAUCGAUGUUGGGCAACGAAGGACCGAGGCAAACGAGGGCGCAGAGUUGUUUCGAGGACAACAACGCCAUCACAGCAGCACCAACCUCAACUAGCUCAACUUCGAGUCUCAGUUCCAAACGCACGACAGUGACAUACCCACCAAAUGACUUGGUGGAUGAGCAGAAAUCCACUCCGCUGGCGUGCAAGAAAUUCCCGGUUUUCAGUACUUCCUCUUGGUCUAGCGAACCGGUUUCUUGUGGCAUUGAUGUGAACACCGGCCACACCAUCUUGACUUACAUGGAGCGAUAUUUGGACGAUGAAGGUCACUUAACAGCUGAUUGGAACGCGGUGAGCGCUUACGAAUCCGAGGAGGCCACUCCGUGCGAGGACGCACGCAAGCCCGAAAACAAGAUGAAAAACAGGACCGGUGCCCCAAUACCCUUUGAGCUCUCCCACGUGCGACUCAGGAAUUCCCAAAAUGAAUACAUAAAUGCAAGUUUGCUGUACGAUCAUAGCCCACGGAAUCCAAUAUACAUAGCAACUCCAGGCCCAAUGGUGGAAACAUUGGCUGACUUUUGGGAAAUGAUUUGGGAGCAAUGUUGCGUGGUACUGGUGAAUUUGGAGCGUCCUAGCGAAAUUAAAAGGCCAAACAUGCAAGAAAAUGCUGAGGAUUGUUCGGUAACAUACUGGCCUGAUGAAGGAACCAAGGUAUACGGAACAUUUGAGGUCCACCUGGUCUCCGAGCACAGCUGGUGCGAGGACUACGUCGUACGAUCCUUAUACUUGAAAAACCUGGAAUCCAGUGAGACGAGGACUGUGACGCAGUUCCACUACUUAACAUGGGAUGACGAAACACUUAAACUGAAAACGAAGUCCCUACUGGAGUUCAGAAGGAAGGUAAAUAAAUCGUUCCGCGGAAUGAUGAGCCCCAUUGUCGUACACUGCAAUGAUGGGGCGGGUCGAACCGGAACGUACAUAUUACUGGAUAUGAUUUUGAACCGGGUCACAAAAGGAAUCAAGGAGAUGAAUAUAGCAGCAUCCUUGGAACACCUCAGGGAUCAGCGCUAUGGUAUGGUCCGAAAGAAGGAACAAUACGAAUUUGUGUUCCACGCGGUCGCUCAAGAGGUCGACGCAAUGUUGAAAACAAACGAACAGACCGAAUGAAUACCGACGUAGAGGACAGACUCUCUGCGCGCAUGUGCGUGGUCUGACAAAUUUGAGGAAUCGCACUCGAUGUCACGACAAAGAGGAGGCGAAAAACAAGUUUGCGGAAAUAAAACCUGCAUUCAAUC